UUUGUUUUCUAAUUACUUGAGACAAGUGUCAGAAAUCAUUUCUCUGUGCGGAUGAUUACAAAUGUAUUCCUCAUCGACUAACGUGUGAUGGCUACUAUGACUGUAGAGAUAACAGUGAUGAAAGGGGUUGUGUACGUAAUCCUCCAACUUCCAAAAACUUCAGUGAUCAAUAUCUAUGGGCAGGGAAAUUAAGUGAAGAGAUGUAUAGUUGGAAUUUCAUAACGAGCAAUAACGAAUCUGGAAGUUUUACCUUUUUAAGACAUCGUUUACUCGAAAUAUUUGCAGUCAACGAUAUUAAGAAUGAGGUUUUUGGCGAGAGCUACACUUGUUUCAUAAAGGUUCAAGCCAAUUGCAAGCUCAGAUUUCGGGAAGCGGCUUCUGUUGACAAUUACAACAAUGACUUCGCAUAUCCGGCAUGUCACUGCACAAUAGGAACAUUCAAAAUAAGGCAUAUACGUCAAAUGUAUUCUGAGUUAGAUAUGGUUUCGUUAAAACGAUGCGAUGGUAGUGAAAUCACAGAAUCACAUGUUGCUGGAGAAAGUAUUACUGAUAUAAAAGACGUAUUUGGUACGAUUUAUCGUGAUCCAAACUACUUUUUAGACAUGACGCCUGGACAUCCUUAUUGCACUUACGAGUACAAUGCAAGCGUUUUUGGUGAGUUUUUUCAUUGCAAAAGAGACGACAAGUUAAUACCAGAGUCGAUGAUGUGUAUUUAUGCCGUAGAUGCUAGUGGUUACAUGACUGGAUGUAGAUCUGGAGACCAUUUACAAAACUGUG